AGUGACCUCACAUUUGCCGCGCUCUUCAAUCUGGCCGUUCAGUACACCAACGCUGACAUGUAUUCCGAGGCAAUCAAUACAUACCAAUCCAUCAUUAAAAACAGGACUUUCACUAAUACAGGUCGACUGAGGUUAAACAUCGGAAACAUUUACUUCAAACAAAACAAUUACCCGAAAGCCAUUAAAUUCUUUCGCAUGGCUUUGGAUCAGAUUCCGAAUAUUCAGAAGGAUUUGCGCCUGAAGAUCAUGCAUAACAUCGGUCUGUCGUUUGUGAGACUGAAUCAGUUCGCAGACGCCAUCACAUCCUUUGAGUACAUAAUGUCUGAACAGAUCGAUACCAUCACAGCGUUUCAUCUGAUUGUCUGCAGCUAUGCCUUAGGGGACAGACAGCAAAUGAAACAGUAUUUCUCUCGACUACUCGAAGUGAACGCCGAGGACUCGUUUGAGGACAAGUAUGUGACCCACUCUGACAUCAACGACGACCUCACGAACCACUUGUUGGUGGAAGUGAUCAAAAACGACGACUUAAGGCAGUGGGAGAAACAGAAGCGACACGACUCCGAGUGGUCUAUACUGACGGCCGCCAAACUCGUCGCACCGGUAAUCGGAGACACAUUCAGUCAGGGAUACGAGUGGUGUGUCGAUCAGAUCCGGAACAGCUCUGCAUUCGGCCAUUUGGCCAAUGAUUUAGAGAUCAAUAAAGCGGUGAAACACUUGAGGAAAAGGGAGUUCAUUGAAGCGAUCGCUACACUCAAGUCGUUUGAGAAGAGGGAUAAUAAGAGCGCCUCCACUGCCGCCACAAACCUGUCGUUCCUAUAUUUGCUUCAAAAUGACAUAUCGAUGGCCGAGAAGUACGCCGACGAAGCCAUCAAUGCUAACCGAUAUAAUUCCGGUGCGUUAGUCAAUAGGGGGAACACCUACUAUAGGCACCAGGACUUCGAGAGGGCUAAAGAGUAUUAUAAGGAAGCGGUUAAUAAUGACUCGCAAUGUCUGGAAGCCAUGUAUAACCUGUCGCUGGCCUUCAAGAAGUUGGGCGCCUAUGAGGACGCACUCGACUACCUCUUCAAACUCCAUGCGCUCACCAAAAGACAUCCGCAUAUACUCUACCAGAUCGCCAACAUAUAUGAAUUGUUGGGAAACAGGGAUCAGGCGCUCGACUUUUACCAACAACUGCUACACUUUGUGCCAUCGGAUCCGUCACUUCUGGUGAAGUUGAGUGAUAUGUGCGAUGCGGACAACGAUAAGCAACAGGCGUUUAGUUAUAUAACAGAUGGCUAUCGAUACUUCCCGUCUCACAUACCAACCAUUGAGCGAUUGGCCGCACAUUAUAUCGAGACUAAGAUCUACGAGAAAGCCAUCAAAUACUUGGAAAGGGCGGCACUCGUCCAACCAAAACACAUCAAAUGGUUGCUAAUGAUAGGCGCGUGUCAUCGUCGGAGUGGUAACUAUCAGAACGCCUACAACUGCUAUAAGAAUAUUCACCACCAGUUCCCCGAAAACAUCGAAUGCCUGAAGUUCUUGAUUAGAGUAUCGACUGAUUUGAGACUAAAAGAGUCGUACGAAUACUCGGAUAAACUCAAGAGAUUAGAGAAGUCUAAGGAAAUGAAGGACCAGAGAGUGGCCAGUGGUCUGAACGGUGCCAAUGGUGUGAUGUCUCGAAGUGCGAGCAGAGCUUCUAUGAGGCGAUCGGCCGCCAGUUCUAGGGAGGGGUCGGCCAGCAGUAGUAGCAGUGGUUACCUGACGUCUGCCAGUCCGAGGAGUACGGCAUCGAAAGGCAACUCUUCGUCCAAACGGGAGGCGACGGACGCCAACAAAAAUCUGGUCGAUAUGUCUGUCUAUGAGUCCCUGGAAGUGAGUAACGAAAGGCCGACCACUUCUUGGAAGAGAAAUGCCAUUAAGGAUGAGGACGACUUCGGCACCGAUGAUAUUGUCGACAUUUUGCCCGAUUAG